AUGUCUCAGCUAUGUUCGAUCGAGAAAUGCACCCGAACAUCACGUUGGCUGUGUGAUUGUUGCCAACAGAACCUUUGUUUACAACAUUUAAAUGAACAUAAUGAGCUACUCAUUUCUCAACUAAAUCCUUUGACUGAUGAAAUCAAUGCACUCGGAAAUUAUCUUGAUACACUAAGUAUUCACAAAGAAAUUGCGGAUAGUCGUGAAAAACUUAAACAAUGGCGUGAAGAUUGUCAUAAGAAGAUUGAUUCUGUUUUUGAACAAAUAUGUGAAGAAAUUAAUCAAUUUGUUAAUGAAACAGUUGAAGAACAACGAGAAGAACUCAAUCUAAUAAAUCUCAAGAUAACUGAAUUUAUCACUGAACAAGAAAUAACUCGUCAAGAUAUCAAUCUAUUGAAAUCAACUAUUCGUCAGCUCGAGCGAAAUAUGAACAACCUCGAACAAACAUGUUUUACGAUUCAUAUCCGUCCAUUAGUAAUAGACGACAUAUUUAUGUCUAUAGAAAAAACUACUGAACAUGAACUUGAUCUAUCAACUCUUUCACCUGUAUACAAAACAAUUCAUCGUUCUGAGGGAAGUUUUCGACCAUUUAUUAGCAAUGAUCAGUACUUAUUAAUGCAUCAACAUCCAAAUUUAUGCUUAUUCGAUCAAACUAUGAGCUUAGCCAAGCAGACUUUGUGGUCGUACGGUGAAAUUCAGGACAUGUGUUGGUCGUCAACAUUGAAUAAAUUCAUUUUACUUGGAAAAAAUGACAUCUUUCUCAUAAAUGAAGAUACAAUGUCAGUUGAUAAUGUGUAUACAACCAAAGAACGACAGUGGCUAUCGUGUACAUGCUCUGAAACAGUUCUAUUCGCAUGCACAAAUGGACGUGCAUCAUCUAUUAUGGAAUUUUCAUUACUACCAGCAAUCGAGUUGAUUAAAGUAUGGAAAUAUCCUUUGACAUGUAGCAAAGAUGAAUUUAUUGUUAGUAGUAUUUACAAUAACGGAAAUCUAGCUCUGAUGAUUGUGAAUACAUUGGAUAAAACGCUGAGCAUGGAAUUGAGAUAUGCAAAGACACUCGAUCCCAUCUGGUCAUUUCAACUUAAUAUUAGUUGGACUCAAAAACUAGCAUUUCGCUGUUGCUCACUCCCUUGUAAUGAGUGGCUCGUUGUCGACUAUGAGACUGGACAUCUACUUCAGAUUACAAAAGAUGGAAAAAUAAAGAAGAUAAUUGAAUAUUAUCCGACUCCUUGUCGUGCUAUUCUGUUCGACAUAAAUACUCUAGCAGUAUCAACUACCAAUGACAUAAAUCUGCAUACGAUUCAAUAA